GCCGCUUUAGCCGUCAUGGUGUCUCGGGACAAAGUGCACCCGGGCCCCAGGUACGUGGGCCUCUGGGACUUUGAGGCCCGGACAGACGAGGAGCUGAGCUUCCGGGCAGGGGACCUCUUCCACGUGGCCAGGAAGGAGGAGGACUGGUGGUGGGCCACCCGGCUGGACGCGGAGGGCGGGGCCCUGGCCGAGGGCUACGUGCCCCACAACUACCUGGCCGAGAUGGAGACAGUGGAGUCUGAGCUGUGGUUCUUUGGCAGCAUCUCCCGGUCGGAAGCUGUGCACCGGCUGCAGGCCGAGGGCAACGCACGAGGUGCCUUUUUGAUCAGGGUCAGCGAGAAGCCGGGGGCAGACUAUGUCCUCUCAGUGCGCGACGAGCAGGCCGUGCGGCACUACAAGGUCUGGCGGUGUGCUGGCCGGCUCCACCUCAGCGAAGCUGUGUCCUUCCCCAGCCUGGCCGAGCUCGUGAGCCACCACCGGGCGCACAGCCUGUCCCAUGGCCUGCAGCUGACUGUGCCCUGCAGGAAGCACGAGCCGGAGCCCCUGCCCCACUGCGCGGCCUGGGAGAGGCCUCGGGAGGAGUUCACGCUCUGCAGGAAGCUGGGGUCCGGCUACUUCGGGGAGGUCUUCGAAGGGCUCUGGAAAGACCAGGUCCGAGUGGCCAUUAAGGUGAUUGCCCGAGACGACCUCCUGCACCAGCACACGUUCCAGGCGGAGAUCCAGGCCAUGAAGAAGCUGCGGCACAAGCACAUCCUGGCGCUGUACGCCGUGGCGUCCGUGGGGGACCCCGUGUACAUCAUCACGGAGCUCAUGGCCAAGGGCAGCCUGCUGGAGCUCCUGCGGGAGUCCGAUGAGAAAACCCUGCCCGUUUUGGAGCUGAUGGACAUCGCCUCGCAGGUGGCCGAGGGCAUGUGCUACCUGGAGUCCCAGAAUUACAUCCACCGGGACCUGGCCGCUAGGAACAUCCUCGUGGGCGAGAACAACAUCUGCAAAGUGGGGGACUUCGGGCUGGCCAGGCUCAUCAAGGAGGACAUCUACCUCUCUCACGACCACAACAUCCCGUACAAGUGGACGGCCCCCGAGGCGCUCUCCAGGGGGCAUUACUCCGUCAAAUCUGACGUCUGGUCCUUUGGGGUGCUCCUCCACGAGAUUUUCAGCAGGGGUCAGAUGCCCUAUCCAGGCAUGUCCAACCACGAGGCCUUCGUGAGGGUGGACUCCGGCUACCGCAUGCCCUGCCCCUCCGAGUGCCCACCCACCGUGCACAAGCUGAUGCUCUCGUGCUGGCACAGGGACCCCGAGAAGAGGCCGGGCUUCAAAGCCCUUCGGGAGAAGCUGUCCAGCUUCACCAGGUACGAGAACCCGAUCUGAG